AUGAUAGAGACAUUUGAGCCCUGCUGCAGUCACAAGGAUGCCACAGUUGAACCGGAAAGCCAAGCAUCAGCCUCCACAACUGGACAGCCAACCUUUGUUGAGACCUUUGAAGCCCUGCAGCAGUCACUAGAGGCCUUCCUGGCCAACACCGGGCAACAAGUUAUGCUACCCGAAGUUGUCAUUGUAGAGGAAGACUUUGAGAGUGCUGGAUCAGCGGAUUCAUGGACUGGUGGCUCACUUUCCAAAAGAGAGGACGGCUCCCAGUUCUUGGGUCUUUUGGGACAAGGAAACAGUGAGAUCGAUCAGGAAUUUGAAAUACCCUUGUCAGCAAAUGAAGAAGACCCAAAGAGGCAAACUCUGUAA